GAAAUCUCGCGAGAGUUGGGUUGCACUUGGAAAGGAAUCACCGAAAGAUGGCGGCUCCGCCUGAAGAGGGGAGUUUGGAGUCUCGCAUCAACAAAGCGACAAACCCUCUAAACAGAGAGACCGACUGGGACAGCAUUAAAGCUUUCUGUGAGCAGCUCAGCAAUGAACCUGAAGGUCCCCAGCUGGCCACCAGGCUUUUGGCCCACAAGAUCCAGUCGCCGCAGGAAUGGGAAGCCAUGCAGGCCCUCACGGUCCUGGAAACGUGUAUGAAGAACUGUGGGAAGAGGUUCCAUAAUGAAGUGGGGAAGUUCCGCUUUCUCAAUGAGCUCAUCAAGGUGGUUUCUCCAAAGUACCUGGGCUCUCGAGCUCCAGAACCCGUGAAGAAGAAAGUACUAGAAAUGAUGUACAGUUGGACUGUGGGGUUUCCGGAAGAGACCAAAAUAUCCGAUGCUUAUCAGAUGCUGAAGAAACAAGGUAUUGUGAAACAGGACCCUGCUCUUCCGGAUGAUAAGCCCCUCCCCCCUCCCCCUCCCAGACCCAAGAACGCCAUCUUUGAGGAUGAAGAGAAAUCAAAGAUGCUGUCACGCUUACUCAACAGCACUCACCCGGAGGACCUGAGAGCGGCAAACAAGCUUAUUAAGGAAAUGGUUCAGGAGGAUCAGAAGCGCAUGGAGAAGGUAUCGAAGAGAGUAAACGCUAUUCAGGAAGUGAAAGAGAGUGUCACACUGCUCACACAGCUACUAGCAGACUACAACAAAGACACCAGCUCGCACGACAACGAAGAGCUCAUCAAGGAUUUGUACCAGCGCUGUGAGAAGAUGAGGCCCACUCUGUUCAGACUGGCCAGUGACACAGAAGACAACGAUGAAGCUCUAGCGGAGAUCCUGCAGGCCAAUGACAGUCUGACGCAGGUUAUUAACCUCUAUAGGCAGCUUGUGAAGGGAGAGGAGGUGAAUGGAGACAGCAGCACUAUGCCAACACUUAAGGGGAACAGCACGGCCCUGCUGGACCUCACUGGACUGGACACAUCACCUUCAGCUCCCACUUUCCCAGAAUUCCCCUCCCAGCCCACACCAUCACACGAGCUGGGUAUCAGUCUGCUGGAUGAUGAACUCAUGUCUUUGGGGCUAACUGACAACACUCCUAGUUCUACUCUGGCUUCCUCCCAGUCUGCUGAUGCCUCCACAUGGAACUCAUUCCAGACUUCAGAUACUGUAGACACACCUGUCCCCCCAGUACCAGCCUCCAUGCUGUUGCCAUCAGUUACCACCCCCCAGGUCCCUGUUGGCGCCCCCACCUCCGCUGUCAAGUCCCUGGAUGAAUUGGACAUGCUGGGGAAGACCCUGCUACAGCAAUCGCUGCCCCCUGAGAGCCUGCAGGUCAAAUGGGACAAACUUCAGCCUCAGUCCAAGCUCAGCCUACGAGAUCUCCAGAGCAAGUCGAACGCAAACCCGGUCGCAAGCCCGAGUCCUGUCCUAGCAUUUUCCUCUGAGCCUGCUAAUCUCCUGAACAUGCAGCACAGCAACGAGGCUCCUGCACUGAGCGUUGGCCCUGCUUCCACUCCUCAGGACGAGAUCUCUCUGGCCAGCAUCACUGUGCCCCUGGAAUCCAUCAAACCUAGUAGCAUGUUGCCUGUGACGAUCUUCGACAAGCACAGCUUGCGUGUCCUGUUGCACUUUGCGCGCGAGUGUCCUCUGUCUCGGCCCGACGUUCUGGUGGUCAUCAUCUCCAUGCUGUCAUCCGCUCCCAUGCCCGUCACGAACAUCCGCUUCCAGGCCGCCGUCCCCAAGACGAUGAGGGUGAAACUGCAGCCGCCGUCUGGAUCGGACCUGCCGGCCUUCAACCCCAUACUCCCACCUGCUGCGAUUACACAAGUCCUGCUGCUGGCCAACCCUCAAAAGGAAAAGGUUCGGUUGCGAUACAAGCUGACGUUCGAUUUAGCCGACGAGUCCCAUGACGAGAGCGGAGACAUUGAACAGUUCCCACCUCCAGAGUCCUGGGGGAACCUUUAGGGUGGACACACUGACUUCCUGCUGCUUUAUCCCUCUGCUUCCUGUUGGUCUCGUCCAAAUGGGAACAGCUCUCGCAAAAUCCAUGGUUCGUUUCUGAUCCAAAGCAAAUUGAGCCCCUCCUCACUUUUCCGAUUAUUUUGAUGUCGGUAUGAAGUUACAGCAGUGUAAUACUCGUGACAUUUAAAAUCUAAAGCUAAACAAAGGUAAUCAUUUGAAAUAGCAGCAUGUCCGAAUGAGAACUGCGAGCGGUAGAGGCUGGCGAAGUGACGGAGGGUCUCUUUUUUUUUUUUUUUUUUUCCUUUCUCAAACUGGAGUCAGACUUUAAGUCAAAAGGAUCUGCCUUGGAACCCUACGCUGUCCUUUUCAUCUUGCUUUCCUUCCGUCUCAUUGUCUUUGAUUAGAUCGGUUUUAAUCUCCGUCUUCAUCUUAACCCUCAUCUUUCCGCCGCUGCCUCUCUGGCUUUGUCCUGUUUUGUGAACCCGUUAAUGCAAUAUCAACCUUCCUGAAAAGGGAGGCAUGUAUACGUGUUCGUCACUCAUAAAUCCCCCAUCGUGCCGUCUGUAGUAGAGAGAACAGUGUGUACGCAAGCGUAUUUUAUGAUUCACGGAGCGGACCUGUGUGAGCGUUCGAAUAACGGAGCGGUGACAUGGAUUUUUGUUUCUGAGCUGUGAUGUGUCUCGUUGAUCCUCUAUGAUGGAAGUCCAAUCUCUCCCUCUUUGCCUUCGGUCUGAUGAGCACUGUAUCCUCGUGACAUUUAGAGUAACGGAUGAGAGCUGCAUUUGAUUUCUCUACAUAUCGUUGUUGAUUCUGGUUGAUUUUUUUUUUUUUUUUUUUUUUUUACCAAAGUUGCACAUUUUCUUAUUAAUCAGCAUUGAUUUAUCAGAUUGCCUGUAUCAUUGGAUGACCUGAUCCAAUCUGAUAGGAAGGGGAAAGUUUUGCACAUUUUCAACCCAUUUACUCAAAACUUGAGGACGUGGCAGGUUUUUGGUACAGUCAGUAAUCUUUCACACUAAACUGCCAAUUAAAGCCACAAAUCUGUCUCGUAUUUGUCCGAUCAGAGGUGGGCGAAGAAUUUGAGGUAACAUUACCAACUCGGUCAACACAAGUGCCUCGCUUUCUACCUGAUGGCAAAUUCACAAGACGAAUCCUUCAGGAAAUCCUACAUGAAUUGAAUUAAAGGCCCCGUGUUGGAUAGCUGAAUAAGGGCACCGGGGUUCAGUUAAAACAGAUUAAAUGCUGCAUAUAUGGAAGCAAACUUUCUCUCAUAUCUGUCUCAUCCCAAGACUUAUUACAAGAGUGUAAAGGUUGCAGUUUUAAAUUCACAUACAACAGUCACCUAAACAGUUACUGCUAGAUUUCAAACACUCCCCCCUUUGAUUUCCACUUCCAUAAAUCAAGUUUUGAGCGAAUCGGUUUUUGAAUCACUUCUCGAUAACGGAGAAACGAAUGAAAACACCAUACACUACAGAUGCAGUUGCUAGACAUCAGGUUAAAACGCUGAUCUAUCAAGGAUAAAACUCUGCUCUAUCUUAAGGAAGGAGUGCUCCACCCCACUGUUUCAACCGAAUUCAUUUCGACAUAGAUGCUGACAUCCUGUUUAAAUUGACCGUAUGUGCCUAAUCUAAUGUUUCACAUUCAUCCUGUGCUUCUCCUUUCUCAAAUGCUGAUGUGUACAUACAUAUAUUUGCAUUUCUGUUUGUCUGUGUUUUGUUUUGGUUCAGUUUGGCAGUAGCUAUUAAACACUGUUUUAUGUA